CUUCCCAGUUUAAAUUCCUCUCCAGUUUCCGCUUCCUUUUCCUUCCCUUUGUUGUGAAACCGCCUUCAAUUUCAGUAAUUUCGUCAAAUUUGAGGGGAAGAACAAGCAUUAGAGCAGCUGAGUCUGUGUAUGACGAGCGCUUCGGAGUUGUUUCACAGUCGGAGGUAUAGAUUGGGUCGCACAGAUGCGGAUUUAGGGCUUGAUUCUGAGCCUCCCGAUCGGCAUCUUCAGUAUCAACGCCGCCAUCAUGGUCAUAAUGGCAAUCACCGCCGCGUUUUGAACGCAUGUGGUGCUUUCCGCCGGUCCUCGCUGCAAGAACGCCGUCAAUCUCCCCGGUUUUUGAAUCCUCUUGCUGUCGAUCGAUCGCCUGCUCAAUCUGAAUCGGGUAUAAGCGUUGGUUCUAGAAAUAAUAUCAAUGCAAAUAUUCAGAAUAGCUUGAGGCCUGGGUUAAGUGGGGAUUCCAGAUUGCCAGGCUCUGUUUUACUUGCAAGAGAAAGGCUUUUCGAGAGAUUGAGAGGCGCCUCUUCACCAACGAUCAGAAAUGGUCUUGUUGAAGCAUUGGAUUGGAGUCCAGAAAUUUCAGCAAGUCGAUCGCAGAUGAUAUCCCUCGAGGAUGCUGACAGGUUGCGGUUGGUUCCUGCAGUCAGCAAGAGGCCCCCUGGUCUCUCACAGGAGGCAAUCAACUGCUUACAACUGGAGCGUUUUAUCGACAUAGAGCAUAUCAUUGACGAUGACUUGACGAUGAUAAGAACAUCAAACGAUUGUAGCAUAUGUCUAGACAGUUUCAUAGAUGGAGACAAGCUCAUUCAUUUGCCCUGUAAGCACAAAUUUCACCAUGCUUGCUUGGAACAAUGGAUUCGAACUUGUGGUGAAUGUCCAUAUUGUCGACAACGUAUCGUUGUUAACUAAUCUUUUCUAACACGUUUUGCAACUCGGGAUUUCGUGUAUGUACAAAGGUUAAGACAGUUGACCAACAAGCAUCAGAAGUUGUGGUAUUAAUCCCUCUAAGUUGUGAGUUGAGACCAAAUUGUGUGGGAAUUUUAUGAAAGAUGUGUGUAGGAUACUAUAUGUUGAGAAAAGGAUGGUUUUUUUUGUACAAAAUGAAAAAGCAGUCGCGUAUGUACUCUA